UUUAGUUGACGCAGAAAGUGUCAAAUUUUCCUUUCGUGGUUUGACGUCUGACAUCUUUUGUGCGAAAAUUUGGUGCAAAUUUCCGAGGAAUCCCAGUUUUUCCACUUGUGAUCGUUUGUCAAAUUCCAGUUGGAACACCGAAAUGUCGAAUUAAGUGAAGGUUCAGGUCGAAUCCGUGGCGAGGCCAAGAUGCUACGAAAAAUGCAGCAUUGUCCGUGGAAAAUCCACUCGUAAGGUGUCUCGCGUAUGUCGUAAAAGUGGUCCCCCCUGUCUUUCUUGUCUUUUCUACGCGCGACGUGGAAAUUUGCCCCCCAUAGGAAAAUCCGGGCAGUGGAUCCCCCGCGCGGGGUCAUCGUCGUUUCGGUCGCGUUCUGUGCACUAAAUUCCCUUCAAGUGAUCGCCAAAGAGUGGCUGCCUGAAUCGUAGCAAACGGGCCGAAAAUUUGCUUUUACCUUUUGCGACGAUUGUUGGUCUAUUUUUACGCAUUCGUGAUGGAUAGUGAGGGGCUCGGUCGCCGUGGGCCAGACUCCGGGGCUGAAACUGUCUACGGGACCCACGAGGACAACACCAUGGUCAUGUCUGAAAAGACCAAACCACGCUUACCCAGGAAAUUACCAAUUCCUGACAAGUAUGAAUGGAAAUGUACCUCUGAAGUAAGUCUAUUCUUACUGGUAUCUUCAAAUACAAGGCAGGUUCAAUCCCUUGCCGCCAGUAUAUAUCAGGAAUUCGAACGAAUGAUACAGCGCUACGACGAGGAUGUUGUCAAAACAUUAAUGCCACUACUUGUUAACGUAUUAGAAUGCUUAGAUGCUGCCUACCGAGCAAAUCAGGAACAAGAUGUUGAAGUGGAAUUGCUUCGAGAAGACAAUGAACAAUUGGUCACACAAUAUGAGCGGGAAAAAAGUGCCCGGAAACUUGCUGAACAGAAGCUCCUUGAAACUGAAGACGUUGCCGAAGCAGAAAAUAAAGAGUUAGCUAGUCGUCUGGAAUCUCUGGAGAGUAUAGUACGAAUGUUGGAAUUAAAGCACAAAAAUAGUUUAGAGCAUGCUAGCAGAUUGGAAGAACGAGAAGGAGAGCUGAAGAAAGAGUACAACAAAUUGCACGAACGAUACACCGAACUAUUCAAAACACAUGUUGAUUACAUGGAAAGAACGAAAAUGUUGAUGGGAUCAACACAUUCACAAAUGAGUUCGGCAUCCGAGCGUUUAGAAGUUAAUAGAGCAAGGUUAAAUCCAAUUGUUCGAUCAUCUGGUCCGGUAUCAUAUGGUUUUGCAUCAUUGGAAAAUUCUGCUAUGCUCGACACUGAGACAAUUUGUAGCGUUGGUAGUGGUUCGGAUGAUUCGGGGCCGCCUUCGUUACAAAAUGAACUCGACAACGUGCAAACAAUGGAACGUGCUGCCGAAACUGACACUCUACAUCACAUAAACCAAGCAACAUCACCUCAAAGCGAAACAAGUCCCGUUGUGCCAAAUCCUCCGAUGGUUGGUCGUACAACAACUAAAAAGGAGCAACGCUCUGGUAAUACAUUAUAUCAAGAGCUUUCGUUUCAAGAUAAUGAAGAAAGUGAAGAGCAUGAGGUUACAGGGAGCUGGGUGCAUCCUGGUGAAUAUGCAUCUUCAGCAAAUGAUAAUUAUUUCGGAAUGGGCAAGGAAGUCGAGAAUCUAAUAAUGGAAAAUAAUGAGCUUCUAGCCACCAAGAACGCUCUCAACAUUGUCAAAGACGAUCUAAUCGUGAAAGUUGAUGAACUGACUGGGGAAAUUGAAAUAUUACGCGAAGAGCUCAAUGCCAUGUCACAAUCACGAAACAAAUUGCGGCAAAAAGUUAGUGAAUUAGAGGAAGAAUUGAAAAAGACCAAAGAACAAGUGAAACAACAGAAUGAUUCAGAACAAGAAAAUGAAAGUGAUAUACCAAUGGCACAGCGAAAACGGUUUACACGUGUCGAAAUGGCUAUGGUGCUUAUGGAAAGAAAUCAGUACAAAGAGCGCCUAAUGGAACUUCAAGAAGCAGUUCGGCUAACUGAAAUACUGCGCGCCACACGCACAGUUGAACUGGGAAAGAACUCAAAACAAGGAAUGGGUAUUUGGAAAUAUUUCAGUAAGCUUUUUAGUUCAUCGAAUCCACAACGAGACCCAUCAAACGCAACUCUCCGUUACACUGGCGCCGGAAAUUACCAUGGAUCGCCAGUUCACUCCGAAGGACGUGCCAGUAUUGCGAGUGGAAAUUCAACCGGUACAUCGAACGCUCUCGUAUUGGCAAAAGAUUACGGAGAUGAAUCGACAUCGGAAAGAGUGAAUGCACGCAGACGCGAACAGCUGCGACAACUUCGAGCUCAUGUUCAGAAAGAGGACGGUCGAUUACAUGCAUACGGUUGGAGCUUACCUGUAACGAAGGCAAGUCAAGAAAACCAUCAGAAACAUGCUGGAGGUGUUCCAGUCCCAGUGCCUGUUUUUUGUAAUCCUCUAGCAGAAGGUAGCCCACACAUGAAGGUAUUCUGCGCAGCAGGAGUCAACCUACAAGGAGGCUAUACAAAAGAUGGAGAGUGUAUAUUUGGAUCGAACAUGUUUUAUUCGAAACCUACAGCUAAGAUUACCGAAAUCAUAUCGCCCACGGGCGAGCAACCUGAAUCCGAUAAUUUGGAUCGACAAAUUGUCAUGCCAUUGGAUAGUCCCGAUCCCGAGUCGGAACUAAGUUCAUUAGUGUGGAUAUGUCGUAGUGCUCAUGCCGCUAGUACAGUAACUGUAGUUGAUGCAAAUGAGGCUGCAACAAUUCUUGAUGCAUUUCCUGUCUGUGAAACAUAUUUGCUUUGUGUAGCGUCUGUGAUUGGUGCUUUAGAAAAAGACUAUGCAUUGCUGGAAAAUAGCGAAGUUAUAAAAGCAGGCGAAAUGUUGGAGAAGCCUGGAGAAGGUCCAGAUGAUUUUGGAAAAGUUGAAUAUGUGAGAUUGAGCAGUGGAAAGGAUGUAAAGAAAGGUGACCUGAACGAAAACACAGAAACCAAAGAAAAUGGCGGUCUGGAUGCGCAAGCUGAUGAUACACCAAACGGAGUCCAGAUUGCAGAGGAAACCAAUGCAAAUGAAAACGGAGAAGUGCCUGCCACCGCUGAAGAAGUCAAAGUUGCCUCUAAUUCGCCAACACGUUCAUCGCCUCAAGGAAAUCGAAACGCCAAUAACAACACGUCUCAACACCUUGAAUACACAAGAUCAGUAAAUCCAAUCAUGGGAACACGAAAUCGUGUCAACGAACCACUGAUGACAUCUGUAGGUCCAACAAUGUGGUUAGGUGCUCAAAGCGGUAUGCUCUACGUGCAUAGUGCAGUAUCCAGGUGGCAUGAAUGUUUGCACAAGGUUCACCUGCCAGAGCCAGUUCUAUCAAUAGUUCAUGUUGAAUCUCGUGUAGUAGUGGCUUUAGCAAAUGCAAAACUAGCAGUAUUUCGUCGGCAGACUGACGGUCAGUGGGACUUGAAUAAUUAUCAUUUAGUGACAUUGGGCGAACCAAAGCACGCCAUUCGAUGCUUAUGUGUAGUAGGAGAUAAAAUAUGGGCGGCGUAUCGUAAUAAGAUUUUCGUUGUUGAUCCAAUUUCGUUGAAUAUUGUCCAUACGCUGGAGGCGCAUCCAAGAAAGGAAAGCCAAGUAAAACAAAUGGUCACCACUGGAGUGGGUGUUUGGGUAUCGAUAAGACUGGAUUCAACUCUCCGAUUAUACCACGCGAAUACUUAUGAACACAUACAAGAUGUGGAUAUUGAACCAUAUGUUUCAAAAAUGCUUGGAACCGGGAAGCUAGGUUUCUCCUUUGUUCGGAUUACAGCCUUGAUGGUAUCUUGUAACAGACUUUGGAUUGGUACAGGGAACGGCGUGAUAAUAUCUGUGCCAUUAACCGAUGCUUCCGGUGGUGCAGUGAAUCCAAAUACAUUCAUACCACGUUGUUGUAUGGCAAAUGCUCAAUUAUCAUUUCAUGGUCAUCGCGAUGUAGUGAAAUUUUUUGUAUCAGUACCAAUGUCACAACCGGGUCAUCAUCCACUUCAAAUUCAAGUGCAUAAUAAUAAGAAACGUGAUAUGCUAGUCAUGUGUGGGGGCGAAGGAUAUAUAGACUUUAGACUGGAAGAGCAUGCAGAUGAUGCGUGCGAUGACGCGACACAUUUGAUAGUUUGGCGAAAUUAUCAUGCGGGACAAUGACAUGGAACGCAGUAUUCACCUAGAACCGAAUCAAACUAUCGAAAAUCGUGGAGAGAAAAGUUACCUUAUCGUUUGGCAUGUUACUCAACCCUAGAAUUUAAACACCAAUGCAGAGGAUCAUCUUCUAAUCAACCAAUUAAUUGGAAUACUCUAAUAAAAACACAUACUCAAAUAUGGAGUACUUAUAAAUAAUGCACACACAGACACGUAAAUUUAACAGAUAAUAAACAAAGUGCUAAGUAAAACGCUUUUAAAAUAGUUGCAAACCAGAAUGGCAAACAAAAAAUCCAAUUAGAAGUGAGAAUCUUUUUUGAACGAAAAUUGAAAUGAAACUGAAUUGUAAUAACUAAUGUUGAUAUGUUAGUAUCGCUUUAAACAUAAACAAUACCGGGGCAAACACAAAAAUCCAUAACACAACCAGACAAGCAGAAUUACACUGAAACGAAAAUAAUAUAUUCUAAUGAUAGCAACCCAACCAGAUAAUUUAUAUUGUAAAGUGUAACGUAUAUAAUGGAGAAUAAUUGUAGUGAUAGGUGAAGCAAAUCUUACUAAGUCGUAUCCUUCCCUUAAGUUUAAAGAGUUAUUUAUUUUUUAGGCGAAAAGUGUUUUUUAUUGUAUAUUAUGUUUCAAAAGUCGGUAUAUAUUUACCUUAGCUCGUUCCUCAUACAUACAUAUAAUGUCUCCUCUCCUUGUUUUUAUGUUUAAAACAAAUUAGUGUUUUUUCAUGUUUAGGUUUAAGCAAGUUCAAGACAAAACAACUAGAAUUGAAAUUAUUUAUUAAACAAUUUUUAUUUUAAA